UUGAAACAACAAAGACGAAAAAUGGCACAGCAGUUAGUUCCGAAAACUCAAACUCAACACAAUCAGAAGUUGGUAAAGAAACUAUCGUUCACACUACGUCGAAUGAAAAGGAGGUUGUGCCUCACGCAACCACGCAAAGUUCCCUGGAUGUGGAGGUAAAGAUGCAGCCUUUAUAACAAUUUUCUUUCUUCAUAACAAUUUGUCAGUUUCUAUUUGAUAUAAUAGGAAUACAGAAUAUUUGGAAUAUGAAUACAAGAUAAUGAUGCAUGGACAGACACAGUUAUGAUAUACAGUAUUAUAAAAUCAACAUGAGCUCCACUUUGAAUUUACUAUAUGAAUAAAUUCUUAAACACGUCCGAAUUUAUCAUUAUGAUAAAUUCGCGCGGCACAUUUUGAAUUUAUCAAUAGAGUUAAUCAUAAAACCACAAGCAUUACACAAGAUUUCUUGUUAUACUGAAUGUAAUGGCACUAAAAGGGAGGCUGGUCGCGCAGGGGUGAGGAGUUUUCCAAGUUUUUCAGAAAAAAUAGUUUUUAAAAAAGUUUUAAAAAGUUUUAAAAGAGUUUAAAAAGUUAGAUUUUUAAAAAACAUUAGGGUUAGGGGUUAGUGGUUAGGGGUUAGUGGUUAGGGGUUAGUGGUUAGGGGUUAGUGGUUAGGGGUUAGUGGUUAGGGGUUAGUGGUUAGGGGUUAGGGGUUAGUGGUUAGGGGUUAGUGGUUAGGGGUUAGUGGUUAGGGUUGGGGUUAGGUGCCGCGAAUUUAUUAUUAUGAUAAAUUCAAAAUUUGCCGCGAAUUUAUCAUAAUGAUAAAUUCGGACGUGUUUAAGAAUUUACUCAUAUAGUAAAUUCAAAGGUGGAGCACAUGCUGUAUAAAAUAGCCUUUUAAAAACACGGGCGCUGAUUGGUCAACAGCUAAAAUAACCCGUGUUUCUAUAAAAACUCGAUAGAAACACGGGGAAUUUUCACGCGGGUUGCGUGGAUUGCGCGGGAGUUUAAAAGACAAAAUACAAACAAUAUUUAAUUUUGAAAAAAGUUGAAAAACGUCCCGAAACGCGGAAGAACCGUUACAAAAAAAGGCAACACUUUGCUAACUUAGAAAGCGAAGACCUAAAGCACAAAGUAUAAUUAUAGCACAUAUAACAUAUUGUAUCUGUUUGACUGUUUACCAAGGUAAGACAUUUUAAUUUUACUUUGUCUUUUUAAAAAAAUAUUUCCUCGCGACGUUUUUAAUCAUGUUUACUAUAGUUUUUAAUCAUGUUUAAACGUUCACUAACUAUUUAAAACAGUGCUUUCUUCGCAUGCAAGCAUGUACGUUGUUGAGUGAAUUAUAUAUUUAUAUACUUUGUAAAGUAAGCCUGUUAAGUGCUGUCUGUUGUUUUGACAGCGAUGUACUUGUUUACUUCGCUAUGCUUUUAUAUAAUUAUUCUUUACACGAACGUAUAUUAAGGUGCAUGGAAUUAAUAUUUGAAUGAAAGCAAUUAAAAUCAAUAAAUUUAUCUUUUCUAUUGUUUUUAAAAGGCUAUUUAAUAAAGGAAAUAGAAAACAUUUUUUCCGUGUUUCUAUAGAGUUUAUAGAUAGAAACACUUGUGAAAGUUUGGGAGAAACUCGAAAUUGCGUGGAAACACUCGCACUUCGUGCUCGUGUUCCCACGCAAUUUCGAGUUUCUCCCAAACUUUCACAAGUGUUUCUAUAACUCUAUAGAAACACGGAAAAUGUUUUCUAUUUCUUAAAUGUCAUUAAAGUAUCUUCUUACAGGCGGAAAAGGAUAGCAAAAGGAGAAGAGAAUCGAUCAAUAAAGUUUGCCAUAAACGUAACGUAACAAAUGUUUUGGAACCGCUAACUGAUCGAAGAGACAGAGAAAGGGCACGGCAAAGAAACACCGUGCUUCGACAUUUGGUUGUGAGCGAAAAAUACAAAGUUAUUUAUUGCUAUAUACCUAAAGUUAGCUGUACCAACAUGAAGAGGAUAUUCCUGGUUUUGGAAGGAUUGUAUCCAAGUGUUACUCAAGUCGAGAAGCUGGAUCUUCAAAUAGUACGUUUGAGUAAUCCGAAGUUCACUGAAGAACAACGGCAGUAUAUGCUUAAGAAUUUCUACAAGUUCGUGAUUGUACGAGAUCCUUUCGAACGGCUCGUGUCUGCGUACCGAAAUAAACUGCAAAGAAUGAACCUCGGGUAUUGGUCACCUCUAGUAAAACAGAUAAUAAAGAAAUAUCGUUAUAAUAAUACAGAAACAAAUAUAACUGGACUUGAUGUCAGCUUCACGGAGUAUGUACGACAUUUGAUUGACAAUCCGCCUUGGACGCUGGACAAACAUUGGAUGCCAUAUGAAGACCUAUGCCAUCCUUGUCAUGUGAAAUAUGACUUCAUCGGCUCUAUCGACAAUCUUGAUCGAGAUGUGACCCAUGCCAUGAGACAGAUACAUGCAAACGAAACCAAGCAUCACGUGAUACGCAACAGCUGUGCGCGAACCAAAACAAAACAAACAUUAGCAGGCUUCCUAAAAGAACUUUCCAGAAAGUAUUUUGAUCAACUAUUGGCUGUUUAUAAAACAGACCACGAGUUAUUCGGUUAUCCUCUGCCCGAAUACGACACACUGGACAAGCGUUACCCCGCCUGA